GGAAAGAACCUCUACAAUAAUGAACAUGUUGCAAUUAAGUUGGAACCUAUGAAGUCAAAGGCUCCACAAUUACAUUUAGAAUACAGGUUUUACAAGCUUUUAGGAAACAAUGAAGGCAUCCCAAAGGUCUACUAUUUUGGACCCUGUGGGAAAUACAAUGCUCUGGUCAUGGAACUCUUGGGGCCCAGCUUAGAGGACCUCUUCGACCUAUGCGACCGCAAGUUCUCCCUCAAGACAGUUCUACUUACCGCCAUUCAGCUACUUCAUCGAAUUGAGUAUGUGCACACAAAACAUCUGAUCUACCGGGAUGUGAAACCGGAAAACUUCCUCAUCGGGCGGCAGUCCACCAAGAAGCACAAUAUCAUCCACAUCAUUGACUUUGGUUUGGCCAAGGAGUACAUAGAUCCUGAAACCAACAAGCACAUUCCCUAUCGGGAACACAAGAGCUUGACAGGCACGGCCCGCUACAUGAGCAUCAACACACACCUCGGCAAAGAGCAAAGCAGAAGGGACGACCUGGAGGCAUUGGGGCAUAUGUUCAUGUACUUCCUGAGAGGCAGCCUUCCAUGGCAAGGGCUCAAGGCGGACACCCUCAAAGAACGCUACCAGAAGAUUGGCGACACAAAACGAGCCACUCCCAUUGAGGUGCUUUGUGACGGUUACCCUGAAAUGGCCACAUACUUGAGGUACGUCAGGCGGCUAGACUUUUUUGAAACUCCCGACUAUGACUACCUGAGGAAAAUGUUUCACGACCUGUUCGAGCGCAAGGGCUAUGUUGAUGACGGAGAGUUCGACUGGACGGGGAAACAGAUGUCAACCCCCGUGGGGUCCCUUCAGACCGGACAGGAGGUCAUCGUUUCUCCAAACAGGGAAAGGCACAUUACUACAAAUGCCCGGUCAAACCCCCAGAAGAAUGCGUGGUUGGACCAAAGCAACCCACGGCAGGCGGGCAAUACGCUGCUCGCCGAGAAGCUGGUACAUCAGGGAGGCGGGGCUGGUGGUGUGCCCCAGGGCUCGGUUCAGGUCGUCUCCUCUACCAACGGUGACCUGGCGAACGAUGACCCCACCACAGGGCACUCCAACACACCCAUCGCAUUACCUGUCGAAGUGGAAGUCGUCUCAGAUACCAAGUGCUGCUGCUUCUUCAAGAAGAAGAAAAAGAUAGGGCGCCAGAAGUGACUGGCCCUGGCGGCUUCGGCCACACCGGACCAGGAGGCCACACUGCUCUGGACAUCCCCUUCAGAUUCCAAGGAGAGUGUGCCCUGUGCUGCCCCGCCGCAUGCCACGGUGGCUGCUGGUGCGCCACACGUCUCGUCCUCAGCCUUCUGAUGGCACCACACUAUUUAUACCAGACACUCCUCACCAUGCCUCUCACCACCCGGACUGCUGAGGAAGAGAAGUGGCAUCGCCCAUCUCUCUUUCGUUGCUCGGUCGGUUCGGAGAGGAGCACAUUGCCGCUGUGUCAGACAUGCUGUGCACUCUUACUCGCAUGGUGGACAGACAGGAGGCAGGGCUUUCUUUCUUUUUUUUUUCUUUUUUUUUCUUCUUCUAUGGAGGUGUUUGCAGUGGCCCAACUGUUGCUAGGGCUGUUGUGCAAUGGCAGUGUUGAAAGGCGGUGGGCCUUGCCCGAGCCCCCCCUCCCCACAUUGUUUCAUUACCAGGUGACCUGUCUUGCCAGUUACUACACACCCAUGGACAAGUGCUGUCAUAAGUUGCCAGUUGUCUUGUGAAUGCAUAACACUUUACCUACGUUGGUGUGUUGCAGCAGUCGGCCCUUUUCUUUUUCCCCCCUCUGCUGCCGUUGCAGCUGAAGAGAGCUGGCAAACAAAUAUUUAUGGCAGUUUGGAGGUUCUCGGAUGUAACGGUAAGGGUACAUAAGAUUCACCUUAGAGAGGCCUCGAAUCUUUUAAUGCUGCCCGGGAGGACGAUAUUUUUCUGUCUUGCCUUCCCUUUGCCCCAGCUGGCACAAGAGAGUUCUUUUGUUAAAUAGGUGUUUUUAUUACUUUUUCUUUUUUUCCUGCUUUUUUAAAAAACACUUGGUUCCAACAGAAACUAUGGCUCGCUGGCGAGUUAGGUUUUUAUUUCAAUGCCGCUGCGCCUUUGCAGGCCUCUCGCCACUGUUGAUGUCUGAUGCCAUCGGGCACACGCUGACUGAUGUGUGCACUGAAGAUACGUGCGAGUACAUAUAGUCACGGUAACUUGAGGAGCAGAACAGAGGGGGAGAAAAGAGAAAUUUUUUUCCAUUGAGCGAGAAAAACUGAGCAGCGUUUCCUCUCACCCAGCCAUGUCACAUUCUUUGGUAGCUGGCACGUGACAUCACUGCAGUCUUCACGUGUCAAGCAAAAAGUGCAUGCCUGGUGCAUAUCCAAGCGAGGAGUGAGCAGUCAAGUCACCAAGUGACGGUGACACAAAAGCGAGCGGUGGUUGUUGAGCACAUACACAGGGCAGGAUUUAGAAAGAAAGGCAAGACAAGUUGCACAUGUCUGAAGGAGCUUGCUGGUCGUGCUCACAGAGGAUGAAGUUAGGGAGUGGAGAGGGUCAAUGUUUGAAGGUCUUCUGGCCUGCCCCCCACAAAAAGAAAAAAAAGAAAAAAAAAUUGUGUGUGUGGUUUACCACAAACAGUGUACAAAUUGUAAAGAAUAGUUUCUUUCUUUCCUCUUGCUGUCACAUCUUUCUUUGUACCGGUCUUUCCUAGUUUAUUUUUGUGCUCUGUCGUCUUAUUAUUUUUUGUAAUAAUCAGGUUAAAGGCUGUUACGACAUUUAGGAGUGUUGGAAGCCAAGAACAGCAAGGUCGUAGGCGUGAGAGUAAUAUGCUGAUUUAUUAGGGCCAUUGGCGGUGACCAUGGCCCCCCUCUCGUCUUUCUAUUCCGCUCCCGCCCCAAAUUCUAUCCCAUGUAUGUGAUCGCUGUAACAGAGUGCGCCUCUUUCCUCCUUGUGUAUAAUACAUUUAUCUCUGCUGCCUUGUACAUAAAGAAACAUAAUAGGUGAAACAAGAGAUGCCACUGCUUUUGUUUUUUCUUUUCCCCUCCCCCCCCCCCUUUUUUUUUUCAUUCUUCAAUCUUCACUUUUAUCUGGGCAUGUUACAAGCACAGUUGUUGAUGUCUGCUCUUACAGCACUCUUAGCGAAAAAAAAAAAAAAAGAGACGGUGGGAGUUGUCUGUGCACGGACCAUUUGUUGCCUUUGCAGCCUUGGCAGUGACGCAAAGGGAAGGACGUUGUUGAAAUGUAGCUGAAAUCUGGUGGUUUCUGGAGCUUUUUUUUUUUUUUUUUUCUGUUCUUUCUCAGCAUGUCAUUUCUGCCGUGGUACUUAGUCAUUUUGUUGAGGCACUGCUUACUCUCGCCCGAUUAUCACGCGUAUGUUGUCCUUGCAGUACACCCCCAUCUUCCAGUCUUGUUUUCUCACUCUCUCUCUCCACAUUAGCUUUCUUUUUACACUGGAAUGAAUGGUUUUUGAUCUCAUGCACACUGCUCUCCCAUAUGUAUAUUACUUGUUGCCUCUGUGAAUGUGUUAAAUGCGUGUGUGUGUUCUUUAGAUCGUUUUGCUCCGAGUUCACCCACAUCAAUCGGCGCACAAUACGAUAGGUAGCAAGCAAUGUGACAAACCAGUCUCUCUUGCGCUGCUGACAAAUUGUGGUGUGCUUUAAUGCUUUUAAAUCUUUCCGAACCCCUUUUGUUGUCUGUUCCUCCCCUUAUCACCUUUUCCUUUUUUUUUCAUGUCUGGUCUUGGUUGCAUGGUAUUUCUAUAAAUAGUCGUAGCUUGGAACAAUGCAAUACCGGUGGAUUUGUUUAUUUUGUGUCCCAAUUGUUUCAUUGUGUUGCAUGUGUGAUCCCACAGUGCUCUUCAUUGUGUCGCUCAGGUGGCUGUGCAAGCUAAGCUGCCCAGGGUUGCAAAUGCGUAUGGAGUUGCUCUUUCUGCUGCUGUUUUUUUUAGGGGGGCACGAAAUGGGCCCUACCAUGACACUAUUUCCUUUCCCUUUGGACAUUAUUAUUAAAUGAGUCUGAUCGACGACUAUUAUAUAGGUGGAUGUGAUACUUCGAGCUCAGACAGCCACAAUAGCAUGUUGCCCCCUCUAGAGAAAAGACGCCAUACAGGGCAUUUGGCAAGUUCUGGCGAAAGGUGGCUGGAUAAGAAUGUCAGCGCUUGUAGAAAAAGAAAAAAAAAAACACAUCAGCCAGCUUUGGUUGGCAGCUGUCUAUAACAUUAUUUCUUUAGAUAGCACAGACUCUGUUGCUUCAGCGUGCUUAUGCCUUGAUUUUAAUGGUAUCUGAAAGCUGUAGGAGUUUGGAAAGCUAUCCAGCCAGCCGUUUUGUUUAGAACACACUUGCUGAAUGUUCUCAAUAAGACUAAGGAUUGCACAAUAAAAAGUGCCUGGCUUUGGUAGAACUUUUUGUGUUGACCAUAAGCAUACUACUCCCUCCUAUUCUACAAAAGGGGGUGCUAAAAAAAAAAAAAAGUGUUCAGUGGAUGAAACGUACACACACAACACACUUUCUAUCCUCUGAAGUAGAUAAGUGUGUGGUGGUUUCAAAGCAUUUUCCUCCGAGGAGCAUUGCCUCGGGUAAUGUUGCUGCCGUCUUUUUCCCUCGCUCGCUGUAGUGCUCGUUAUAGUCUGUGUGGCAAGCCAAAGAUGUAAUGGAAGGGAAAGUUUGCUUGGGCAUGAGAAGUUCAUGGGAGAUGGAAGCCAGAUCAAAAGAAAAAAAAAAGUUUCAUUCCGGACCCCUUCUCGAUGGUGUGCGUCAAUUAUGCUACACAGAUAGCCUUGUGCUGAAGCUGAACUUUGUAUACACACACAAACGCAAGCUGUUGUGAUAAUCAGUGUGUGGCAGAAAGCUGGAUUUUUUUUUUUUUCUUGUGCUGAAACGAGAUACUUUAUUUAGUUUAAAUUUUAAGUAAAAAUCAUUCCCUUCUCCUCCCAUCCUUCUCUUAUGAUGAUAGUUUAGCGAAUUUCAGUCACUCCAGGCCGUUUCUGCUUUUUGUGUGAGUGGUGAGAGAAUAAACUGAAAGCAUGCAGAAUGUU